GACGUUCACACAGCCAUGUAUAUAUUAUUACCUGACGAGAAAAACAUCGCACAAAAUGUAUACAUAGUUGGAAUUUGCCUAUGGAAACACUAGCCGACGAAUAUUGGCUCAAAAUAUUAAGAAAAAUGAUUAAGUUCAUAAUUUAAUUCUAACAUGGUAUAAAAAUUCCUCGGUUUAACAUUAUACAUGAAAAUAUGUUUGCAUAAACCUGUGAAUUUGUCGAAAAGUGCUCAAUUCAAUGUGAUUAGUUCAGAAAGAUCAGAAACAAUUGGCUUAUCAAAUGGAGUACCACAUUGAUGACUUGCCCGAUGAACUUUUGGAGUACAUUCUCAAUUUGAUUCCGCCAUACAGAUGCUUGAAGGAAUGCAUGGUUGUCUGUAAACGGUGGUCCUUGGCAGUAAAACGUGUUAUGGAACAUAAACAGUCCUAUUUUCAUAGAUCAGUGGCAUUCGGCUCCCUGGAAUGGAACACCAUCAUCUCAGAGCCAGGACCUCCAACAGUAAUUAGUGAACGUUUCUCUCAUUCAGCCUGCACUUAUGAAAACUCAAUGUACGUGUUUGGCGGAUGUACGAAGACAUGUACUACGUUUAACGAUCUUUGGAUGUUGGAUUUAGAUACUAGAAAAUGGGAUCGUCCCUUAGCCAGGGGCAAUUACCCUUCACCAAAAGCGUGUGCCUCAAUGGUGUAUUAUAAUCAUACUUUCAUUCUCUUUGGGGGAUGGUCACAUCCUUCAGCCUAUCCGCCGUAUCAAAGACGUAGAUUAUUUGAUGAACUCCAUGUUUAUUGUCUGAAAACCAAUAGAUGGUCAGUAAUUGACACAUUGGAUGGGCCUCCUCCAACGUCUGCUCACUCCGCUUCAAUCCAUGGAAAUCUGAUGGUCAUAUUUGGAGGUAUCAGCAAUGACUAUAAUAGCUCGAAUGACAUUUGGUGUCUCAAUGUGGAUCAUUACUAUUGGUAUAAGCCAGUUGUAUCCGAUCUAAAACCCCCAUCAAGAUAUGGGCACUCUCAAAUUCAUUUAACGGAUAAACAUAUUUUGAUUUUUGGAGGUUGCACAGGUCCCAGUGCAGUAAUGAACGACGUUUGGUUGUUAACAAUGGAGGACCCUAUCUGGACUUGGACUCGAGUGAACAUGCUAGGAGCAAACUGGGCACCCACCAAAAUCUGGUGCCAUCAAGUUUGUAAAGUUGGAAAUUAUGUAGUGGUUUUGAGUGAUAAUAAAGAGUCAACCAAGCAAGGUGAAGUAGUGCCCAAGGAAGUAAAUAGAUCUCAGCUGUUACCGCCUCCCAGAAGACGUCAGGCUGUUGAAGAGAAGAUAGACAAAGAUGAGAAUGUCAAUGGAAGGCAUGGUAAACUGAUGGGACGAAGAAUACAUGUGAGAAGUGCUUCACCUAAUGGUUCAAUUUAUUCUGGCGCUCAACCCCUUGAGUUGAAGUCAUUCGCUCCUAUUGCUGUGCCUGAUAUUGAAGAAAAACGUCGUCAAGCCAAUCGGGUUAGGCAAUUAGAGUCGCUGAGACGAAUGCAAGAGAGAAUUCAAAAUCAGAGGACUCAGCAGAGGCUUGUUAGAAAAAAAUCUGACAAGUUGGGAAUUUUUGUGCUUGACAUUACAAGAAUUUUGGAUCAGUCUUCUGCGACAUGGAUUUUUCAUAGUCAAAAUAAGUGUAGUGGUCCUGAGGGACGGAUUUUAUAUUCGUUAGUCCUUGGAAAGAGCGAAUUGAUUGUUUUUGGAGGAAUUCGAAAGGUUAUUACCACGAUACAGGGAGAGACUGAUGAGGAUAUUUCUGAAGUAUACAACGAUGUUCAUUUUAUUAAGCCACCGCGAUAUAUUUUCUAAGCACUAUAUCCAUUAUGAAAACUUUAUGUAAAUUCGAUAUCAGGAAAUUCUCCAUGAUGGAUGAAUAAAUUCUCGAUUAUACAUAUAUUUUUACUUCAAUAAUGAAUUUAUUAAAAACACUGGCUUUAUAUACAUUUCAGAGCAAAUUCAUAGUAAAUAUUUGUCUUGUAAGCAACCAUAUCACAACUUUGUUUUUAUAGAGUAGGAAUUAAAUUCUGAAAAAAAUCUCAAAAAUUUAACGGGAUUUCCGAAAAAAUAGAUGUCAUUGAUUUGGGUCGAAUAUACAGUGUACAUACUAUACACGACAUUGUCCAAGUAAAAUUACUUAAUCUUUUACUAUUUUAAUCCAAGGUCACUAGAUGAUACAAGGCUAAUUUUGAUUUAGGGUAGGCUUGUCAAUUGAGUUGACAAGAUAUAUCAGCUAUUUUGAACUGACUAACGCCUUCCGCGGGCUAGAAUUUAAUUUUUAUCAAUUGGAAAUGUUAACUCGAAAAUAAUUUUCAUUCAAUAUGUUAUUCGGCCCGCCUUGAGCUCGUAUGUUUAUUGCCCUGGGGAGUAAGUCACCGCUCAUCGCUUUUCUUUUUACUUAUUUAUUACUUACUUAUUACCUUCUUGGGGCAAUAAAAAUACUCGAUUAAUCAGGCAUCGUUACAUACACUAACAUAUGCCACA